AUGCUGCGUGUGACCAACGCCUUGUCGGGCGACCUGUUGCGUGAACUGCAUGGAGAAGAGCUGCGAGACCUUCUGGAGAGUGAAGAACCCUCUUCGAUGCGCGAAGUCGUUGGUCGUUCAUCCGAAGUCGUGACGUGUGGCAGGACGUUGAAAGAGCUCCUCGCAGCUCAGUUGGGCGUCUCCCGCUUCCGGCAGCGGCUUUUGAGGGACCAAUCGGUGGAGCUCGUGGAUGCGACGCCGGCCGCGACGGUGGCGACGUUGGUGCCGCCAGCGACGCUGCAGCUGUUGAUCUUGGACUUUCAAGUUGCAGAUGCAGAGACCACCGAUGUGUUCAUCGACGCCUGUGAGCACAAUGAGUUGAGCAAGGUGGAGGCGAUGCUUCGACAAUUGCACGACCCCUCACGCAGCUCGCCGCGCAAGAAGCACAUGGGGGGCCUUCACCUGGCGGCACAGGAGGGGCAUAUGGAGGUCGUCCAGCUGCUGUUGGACAGCUUCGUGGACGUCGAAUCCCCGACGAUGCAUCAGUCCAACGCCUUCAUGCUUGCUGCUUGUUGCGAUAAGACCGGCGUGAUGCAGUUGUUGCUGGAGAGGAGAGCCAACAAAGACGUGGUGGAUACUAUAGGCUAUCACAGCCUGCAUCGUGCGGCGGAGCUCGGGAACCUGGAGGUGUGUCGCGUGCUCCUGGCAUGGGGAUUCGAUUUGAAGGAUGCGACAGAGGGCAUGAAUGGCUUCACAGCCUUGCAUUUGGCAGUGAAGGAAGGCCAUCUGGACGUGGUUCAAGUGCUCAUGGACGGUGGCGUUGACAAAGAAGCCAUGAAGGUGGAGAUUGGAACUGCGAAGGGAGAGAAAUAUGCGCCACCGAGGGAGCCUGAGAAUGGCUUCAGAGCGCUGCAUUUGGCAGCCAACAAAGGCUGCUUGGACAUGGUGCAAGUGCUGCUGAAGGGUGGCGCUGACAAAGAUUCUGUCACACCAAAAGGUUUUACGGCAUUGCAUUUCGCAGCUCGCAAUAACCACAUAGAAGUUGUUCAAGCGUUGUUGGAGGCUGGAGCUGGACUGAAGAUGGUGACAGAAAGCGGCUUCUCAGCUUUGCAUGUGUCGGCCAUUGGAGACCGCUGCCAAGUGGUGCAAUUGCUGCUGGAACAUGGUGCUGACAAAGAUGCUGUGGUACUGAACGGCAAGACCGGCUUGCAUUUGGCAGCUCGCAAAGGGCACUUGAAGGUGGUGCAGGUGCUGUUAAAGAGUGGUGCUGCCAAAGAUGCCAAGACCCCUUCUGGCUCCACCCCCUUGCAUCUGGCAGCCAACGAAGGCCACUUGGCAGUGGUGCAAUGCCUGCAGGACGCUGGUUGCAAAGAUGCCGUGGACGAAGAUGGCUUCACGGCCUUGCAUUUGGCCGUGGCGGCGGGCCACUCUCACGUGGUGCAGUGGCUUUUGGAUUCGAGCGGUGCCAAGAAAGACUGGUCCUCCUCACCUGAUGCUUCCACGUCAUUGCAUUUGGCAGUGAAACAGUGGCGUUUGGAAGUGUUUCAAACGUUGCUAGAGGCUGAAAUCAAUCCCGAUGUCGUGGCGGCAGAUGGCUUCACGGCUUUGCAUCUCGCAGUCCGUGAGGCGCAGCUGGAGAUGGUGCAGUUGCUGCUGAAGUGUGGCGCUGACAAAGAUUCUGCUGCGCCCAAUGGUUUCACAGCAUUGCAUUUCGCAGCCGAGGGCAACCAGAUAGAACUGGCUCAAGUGUUGGUGGAAGCUGGUGCAAACAAAGAGGCCGCAACACAGGAAGGAAUAGGGCCGUGCCGCACGGCGCCGCACGGCCUCAGCACGGCCUCACCACCGAGCACCGCGAACUUGUCUCCCCAAGCGAGCAAAGGGCGCGACGGACGGACGGCCCGCGGCGAAGGUAGCAUGGGAUCCCCGCAGGGUUUGAGUUCGGACCCCUUGUUGGACUUGCAGGCACAGAUCCAGGUCCAACAGGAAAUGCUGCUAUCCCAUCAGCAGCAGAUGAUGCAGCUUCAACACCAGCUGCAGGACGCGUUCGGUCGAGCGGCUCGAGCAGAGGAGGAAAGGAGCAUUGCUUUGAGGCUGGCCGGAUCGCAGAAGAGCGAGUUGGUUGACACAAAAGGUGUUGGACAGCCCUUCAAAUUUUCUGGUAAGAGUGAUCAGGAUUUUUCGGAAUGGGUCUACAAGUUCAAGACCUUUGCCAAGGCCAAGUUCGGUGGAGAUGUUGAAGUUGUGUUGUCAUGGGCUGGCAAGCAGCGCAAGACCAUCGUCAAGGAGGCCCACUUUGGAGAGACGAAGGUGGUGACUUGGAACGAUGUGUUCGGGAGCGCUGCAGAUGACAUCGAGAAGAUCGACGAUGUUGAUGGUAUGUUGGAAGGUCUUGGAGCCUAUUUGACAUCGUUUACAACGGGUGAUGCCAACAAAGUGGUCCGCAAUUCAGGUACCGACAGUCUUGAAGCCUGGAGGAGGUUGAUCAAUGAGUAUGACCCCACAAGCUCAAUGCGGCGUGUUACAAUUUUGAGCAUGGUUCAAAACCCCAACAAGUGCAAGUCGGUUGAGGAGUUGGGGAGUUCGCUUGAGCAUUGGUUGACCAAGAAGAAGCAAUAUGAGGAGUUCACAGACAAUGCAGGCAAUCCUUGUGUUGUGUCGGAUGAUUCAUUGAUUGCCGGGCUUUACAGGUUGAUGCCGGAGUCGCUUGAGGAGACCUUCAUGCUCAGGGCAGAUGAGUUCAGCGACUUCGAGAGCUUCUUUGACAAGUUGAGCAGCUAUGCCACCACCAGGCACUCCCUCAAUCUCAGUAGGAGGGAACUUGGAUCAAGCCGCAACAAAGGUCCCAAAGAUGAUCCUAUGGAGUUGGGAGCAUUGAUGAAGGGCGGCAAAGGAAAGGGUGGCAAGGCCGGCAACAAUGCCAACAAGAUGACCUGUCAUGCCUGCGGCAAGUUGGGGCACAAGGCAUCAGAGUGCCGGAGCAAAGGAGGAGGCAAGACAUCCAACAAAGGAGAUCCACCUAAGAGCAAGAGGAUGGACAACGUGCAGUGUUGGGUGUGCAUGAAGUAUGGCCACUAUGGAAAGGAUUGCUGGAGCAACACCGGCAAGGGCAAAGGUAAGAGUGGCCAGAAGGGUAAGUUCGAUGGAGGCUCCAAGAAAGGCAAAGGCAAAGGAGGCUCAGCAAAUUCAGUUGAAGAUGGACGCCAAUCAUCGCAGCAGCCUGAGAAGGAGCCGGAGUUGUCGCAUUUGGACCUUUCGGCCAUUGGUGAUGGAGAAGGUGAGCAUUUUCAGGUCUACUCCCCGCUUGGUCCAGAAGAGGAGCGAGAGGAGGAUGCGCUCUUUUCAGAGGUCGGAGGGGCAUCAGGAGGUCCAACGGCGCCUGGUUCAGAGGCUGUUGAGGGUGAGCGCGAGGAUGCAGAGGAGGAGACAGUUGAGGCAUCUAGUCAGAGGCCGAGGAGGAGAGUCUUCACCGGUGUCCCAUCCAUCAGGGCGAGCCAGAGCCGAGAUCGUGCAGUCGGAGUUGACUUUUCGAGGACGCCUGACUGGACACCAUCGAUUCCGCCUGGGUUGACCCGCAAUGGGGACGAUAGUCGAACGAGGAGUCGAUCCCGAGGAGGAGGACCAGCCCAGGGGUCAGCAUCGGUGCAUGAGGACGUUGACCACAACAGCAUGAACACCGAGCACGAGGAUGGAUCGCCCACCUAUCUUUGUAGUGUGGAGGGCGAAGAGUGGUUGAAGUUGAACUACGAUUCAGGAGCUGUUAGCACCGUGAUCCCCAUCGAGAUGGCCGUGGCCCAGGGCUUGCAACUUCGACGUGUUGGGGACUACAGGGUGGCGAAUGGAGAGAAGAUUCCAAGGUACGGCAGAGUGAGGGUGCCUUGCAUUGAUGAGCAGGGACAUCGACGUGGGUUCAAAGCAACAGUGACCCAUGUCCACAAGCCUGGAUCUGCAGGUGAGUUCAGCGCCACUCACGAUGCCUACAUCUUCGAUGAUGGAGGAUGGUUGAUCCCCAGGAACACGAGCAUGGCCCAAGCUAUGAGAGCCUUCCUUCGGCAGCUCAUUGAUGUCAAUGGUGAGCGUGGCAUGCUGAAGCUCUAUAAGGAGGGCAAUCUGUACAACAUCUACCUCAAGCAGCGUGGUGACUUGCAGGAGUUGGGAACCUUGGAUUCCGACUCCGCCUCGUCGGGAAACGAGCGGCAGGCCAUGAGGCCGUAA